AUGAUCGGCAAUGGAGUCCAUUCCUGCACUAGGCGAUGCCACCGGGCUGAGAAUCACAGCAGGAUAAAAUGCAUUAUGACAAUGGAACAGACCUGUCCCAAGAACCACAAGUAUUACUGGGAAUGCUACCAAGGAGCCCCGAGGACCUGCCCAACGUGUCUCGAAGAAGCAGUUGAAGCUGAGAGGUUAAAACGUGAAGAUGCGAAACUAGAAGCAAAAAGACGAGCUACCCAGCUGGAACACGCGAAGAAGCUCAAGGAAAUCGAGGAGAGAAUUAGAAAGCAGCGACAACCUUUAAAGGACGAACAAGGGAAUCGGGACCGUCGCGACGCUCUUGCUCGAAAGGAAGAGGAACUCAAAAGCCUGACUGCAGCUGCUGAUCGUACUCGCGUUUCCCCUCCAACUUCCGUGCCAGGUGAAUUCCCUGUUGAUUCACAACCCGAGGGUGGCACCAGCACGAUAGCCCUACAGUCGGAAGCCCGAGAUGAAUGGCAGAGGCAAAAGAAGGACGAAGACCAGUCAAAUGAAGCCCUGGACACAUUGAUGGACAUGAUCGGACUCGAGAGUGUUAAGGAAAGCUUCCUUGGUAUCAAGGUCAAGGUGGAUGUGGUGGUUCGACAGGGUGCCAGUCUCGCAGCAGAGCGAUUCGGCGCAGCCCUCCUUGGCAAUCAAGAGACCGGGAAAACCACAGUGGCACGUCUGUAUGCUAGAUUUCUCAGCAUAUUUGGCGUCAUCCCGGGCAGAUUUUUCAUUGAAACCCCCGGGUCCAAGCUAGCAAACGGUAGUGUCCAGGGUUGUCAGAAACAUCUCGAGGAAAUCAAGUCUAAUGGAGGAGGGGCAUUGUUCAUCGACGAAGCCUAUCAGCUAACGUCGGGCAACAAUGCUGGGGGAAGCUCUGUUGUUUUCAUCAUCGCCGGGUAUAACAAAAACAUGGAAAGCUUCUUCGCCCACAAUCCCGGUGAUUACUUGGACGAGGAGCUUCAAAGUAUCCUCCAGCACCACAUGCACCAGAAAUACAAUGGACGCAUGAGGGUCGAAGAAGGCCCUGGCGGGCUAUAUAUGCGGAUUGUCGCCCGGCGUGUCGGCCGUGGCCGUGGCCGUGGAGGAUUCGGAAAUGCUCGAGCAGUGAACAACGUUUUUGCACGCAUCACGGACCGUCAGGCUAAACGCCUACAACGGCAACGGAGACUCAAGAGGCCCGCUAACGAUCUGCUGCUCACGAAAGAGGACCUUCUUGGACCGGAUCCGCAAACAGUGCUAAGGAAGAACGCUACAUGGGACAAGCUUCAAGCAUUGACCGGUCUGCAGAGUGUCAAGCAAUCGGUAGAAGCUCUAUUUGACACGGUCCAAUUCAACUACGAACGUGAACUAGCAGAGAAACCAUUGGUGGAAUUCUCUCUCAACAAGGUCUCUAACGGAAAGCUCUUGGCAGAUAUGGGAUACUUGUCUAAUGGCGAAGUGGUUGUUAUGAACCCAUCCGACUUCAUCGGUAACGUGAUUAGGGGAUCGGAGGCCGCAACCAAGGGCAUCUUGGCUUCCACCCUCGGUAAAGUUCUCAUUAUCGACGAGGCUUACAUGCUUGGUGGUAGUUCCUCGGGUCCAAAGCGUCCCGGCGAUGACCGGUGUGUUCUGCUCCUCGGAUACAGGGACGCAAUGGAGAUGAUGUUCCAGACCGUGAACGAAGGUCUCUCCCGACGCUUCCCUAUGAGCGCUGCGUUCAACUUCGAGGACUUCAGUGAUGAUGACCUCCAAGACAUCCUAGCUCUCAAAUUGAAGCAAGCAGGCUUUCAUGCCACCAAGGAUGCAAAGCUAGUUGCCAAGCUACGGCACCAGCAGCGGCUAUCUGCGCGGAAAACCAGAAACAUCGAUAUCUUGGAGCCCCUCGACUUUGACCCCGACCAUGACCGAGAGAAGAGAGCCGUUACCAACUGCCGUAAGCUCUUCGAAGGCGUUGUCGGCUGUGAGCACUUGGUGGCGCAGCUCGAGGGCUAUCAAAACGUGGUUCGGAACAUGAAGCAAUUGGGGCUGGAUCCCCGACAAAAUAUUCCCUUCAACUUUCCGUUCCGUGGCCCGCCGGGGUCCGGCAAGACUUCGACAGCGCGACGCAUGGGUCAGAUCUUCUACGAUAUGGGAAUUCUCGCCACGACUAAGGUUAUCGAGUCAUCGGCCUCUGAUCUUGUUGCACAGUAUGUUGGGCAGACUGGACCCAAGACUGAGCGGCUGCUUGAGAAGGGACUGGGCAGGGUUCUCUUUAUUGAUGAAGCGUACCGACUCGCUGACGGGGCAUUUGGUAAAGAGGCCAUGGAUGAGCUGGUCGAUUGUUUGACGAAAGAAAAGUUCUACAAGAAGCUGAUUGUUGUAUUGGCCGGGUAUGACGGGGAGAUCAAUCGUCUCAUGGCAUCAAAUCCCGGUCUGGCCAGCCGGUUCUCAGAGACGGUCUUGUUCCAGAACCUCACUGCCUUUCAGUGCUGGAUACUCUUGCGGGAUAGUCUGGGACAAAUCGAGCGCGUCGAUCGAAUGACCAUCUCUGCGACAAUCAUCCGAAAAGCUUUCUCGUUCCCACAGGAUGCGGGCAAGGAAGAGCUAGUACUCACUCAAGCGAUGAUAAUGGAAGUUCUUGGAUCAACAAUCGAGGAGCGACGGCUUCGAGCGGCGACCAUAACCCCCUCAAGUACUCAGAGCGAGGAUGGACCCCUGACAGCAACUUCCGCGCCGUUCCCAACUCCUCCUUUACCCAGACCGUCUGUUCCCACUGCCAAAGACCAGGUUCGCCCCGGCGAGGCAGCUGAUAAGCCAUGUGCGCCUGCUCCGGCGCAUCCUAUUUCAGGCGAGGGCCGCGACCCGGGGGUUUCCGACGUGGUUUGGAUGCAAUUGCAAGCAGAUAAACAGCGCAACGAGGCGCAGAGGAACCGUGAUACAGAGACUCUGCAUCGAGAGGGGAGUAUCAAGAAGCAGCUGAAGACUAGUGGGGAUACGCCCGAUAGUGACGAGCGACGGAAGUAUGAGGAGCAGCUCCGGAAUCUGGCUCGAGAAAGGGUUGAGAUUGAGGAGCGAAAGAAGCAGGAGGAGGCCGCCCAGCAAAAGUUGCAGGAGAUGGGUGUCUGCCCUGUGGGAUUCCGGUGGAUUAAACAAGCGACGGGGUAUCGGUGUGCUGGUGGAAGUCACUUCGUGUCUUCUGCCCAGCUAAUCUAG